AUGCCGCCGUUCCGGAGGUCAAUAUUCGCCGCCCUCUGCCUCAUUGCAUUCGUCGUUUUCCUCCGCCAUUCAAGUCGAUCCCCCGAUGUCCCCGACGCGCGUGGAUACAGACCCGUACAAGAGAUAUUUGCCGAAGAAAAGGAUGCGGCUGCUGAGGCUCAGCGCAGGAAAUCCGGUGCUCGGGGACAAAUUCCCCUCGGCGCGACGCCGGCUGCGCCGCUGCGUGAGCGUCUUCGCUUCCAGUUUCCCUAUGAUAUGAAGAAAAGGUUCCCCGCAUUUAUUUGGCAGACGUGGAAGUAUGAUCCUUCGUCUUCGUCGUUUGGGGACGAGUUUCGCGACCCAGAGGCUAGUUGGACGGAGCUGAACCCUGGAUUCCAGCAUGAGGUUAUCCCCGAUGAUACGCAGCGUCAUCUCAUCCAGUACCUUUAUGGGUCGGUACCCGAUGUCUUCGAGGCUUACGAUUCUCUCCCCAUGGCUGUGUUGAAAGCAGACUUCUUCCGGUACUUGGUUCUUCUCGCUCGUGGUGGAAUCUACAGCGACAUCGACACCACAGCAUUGAAGCCAGCGGGUUCCUGGCUUCCCGAGGAACUUGACCGGUCCACGAUCGGAUUUAUUGUUGGCAUUGAAGCCGACCCCAACCGCCCGGAUUGGCAUGAUUGGUAUUCCCGUCGGAUUCAAUUCUGUCAAUGGACCAUUGUUUCGAAGCCCGGACAUCCCAUUCUGCGGGAUAUGGUCGCACACGUUACUGAGGAGACCUUGCGCAUGAAGAAAGCAGGCAUUCUCAAGAUGGGUGACAUGGAUAAGACCGUGAUGGAGUUCACAGGUCCGGGCGCUUGGACCGAUUCGGUCUUCCGCUAUUUCAAUAACCCCGAAUACUUCAACAUUCAGCCAGGCGACAAGAACAUUACAUACGAGGAUUUCACUGAUCAAACGGCUGAGAAGAAGGUCGGUGAUGUGAUCGUUUUGCCUAUAACUAGCUUCAGUCCUGGUGUUGGACAAAUGGGAGCUCGUGAUGUCGAUGAUCCCAUGGCUUUCGUGAAGCACAACUUUGACGGUACGGUUUAA